UUUUCGUCGUCGUGCGACGAUAUCACAAGAGACGCUGCCGCCGCUGUUGCGGUGGCGCUGUUGUUGUUGCUGUUAUUGUUAGUGUUGUUGUUAGUGUUGUUAUUGUCACCAACCGCCUUAGAGUCGGAGCUAGCGUUGCCAAUGCUGGUAACAAGGUGGUCGUCGGGGGAGCCGCCUCGCUGUUGCAGGGGAACUGCGGUGCAGCGGUUCAAGCAAACACCCGGAGAUCUUGCUACAGGGGCCGGUGCUGGUGCCACCACCGCCGUCCCUGUUGUGUUUGUAGCCGUCGCCGACCCUCUGCGAAGGCGCCCGAGCGACAGCCGACUUGGCGACCGACUUGGCGACUGCGUGCUGCUGCCACAUGCGGCCGUAUUCCCCCCACCGUUGACGGUGGACUUGCCGCUGACGUCUCCGGACGACUUGUGUUGUUGUUGUAGGCGCCGGAUCGAUCGCCACCUCAGCAACCUCCUUUUGCUGUCUCCCUUUGCGCCUCCCUCUCCAACCGCACACGCUACUGCUGUACCCUCUCCUUCCCCUGCCAGACUCCCACUCCAAGCUCCGGCCAUCUCCCCGGCGGCUAAACUGUACCGGCUGCCCUCGACAGAACUAGCUUCGAAAUUGCCGACAGCAGCAGCAGCGGCGAUUGACGAUGACGAGGCGGCCUGCGGCUUCAACAAGUGUUCUGGCGACACUUGUACUGCCUGCGACCUGCGGCAUUCCUUCCCUCCGCCAGUUGCCUCUACUAGGCUUUCGCUACGGUCACAUCGUUGAUGCUGCUGUUGCUCCCUGGACGUCGCGUGGCGACCGACGAAGGGGAGGGGCACCAGAGGGUGAUGGUGUGAACGUUUCAUCCGGGAGGAGGACUACGACGGCGUGACAGAGAGAAUCCACAUCCAACGCCAAAGCCCUUCUCGCCGCAGAGCUCCGGUGCGGAGGCCGGCCGUGAACGAAAUAAGGAGUACAUUCGUCAGCAAGAAAAAAGCCAAACAUACAAAAGAGGAAAAACUUCACGAGACGCUCGCCAAGAUAACGGUCAGUUUGGUGCGUCCAUCUAUUCUCCCAACUCUCACCAGCUUGUCCGUUAUUCGGACCAGGGGCUCAGAAAACUCCGCGAGCGCCUGCAUGAGGUCACGGUUGCCCAUUAUGCUGUCGGGCAGGAGAGUCAUCCCCUUCAGCAAGUAGUUCCACGGCUCUGGAGACGUGCCGAAGUAACUGGUAACAUGAAGCCACGAGUUUGCGGUUACAAGGGAAUUAUAGGGUGUUACGCUGAUUUUUUGUUGCCGUUUAGGACCGUUCUUCAUCAUUUGAGCACAUCAAUUCAAACCACGUAUUAGGCGGGGAGAUACUUUCGUCACUGGAUAGGUGCUGUCUCUGCUGCAUUAUUCAAUCGUGUUCGUCAUGGAAUCACUGGCCUUGUCGUGAGACGGGGGUGAGUGGACAGGGAAUCGCAUUUGUUUGUUUUGAGGGUCCAAGAAGCACAUAGAUCUCCUCCGCCGAACGCGCGCGCAGGCACGCCGUCCAAGAGACCCCCCAAGUGGUCGCGAUAUCGAGUUGAGAGUUACGGUUGGCAGUUUCAUACAACCAUACAGCGUAGGACCGCCAUGACGGCUACUCACGUGCUGAUGUUGGGAAUACCGAGAACUUGGUUGCACGUGAAGGACUCGAUAAGGUUCAUCCGGAAAACCUAGCAAACCCAGAAAGAGAGAAUGAGACAGAGAGACAGGGAGACGGACAGAGGUGGGGAGAGGGACAAAGAGAGAGCACCCAAGUAGCACGGAGAUCAUUUUCAUUUUUGUUGGUGACGACAAGACGAACAAC